GGACUUCUUGAGUCCCUUAUGUUCUCUCACCAGCCCACUUGGGACGAUUGCCAACAGCUACUCCAGAUCCUCUUCACCACUGAAGAGCGAGAAAGGAUUCUUCUGGAGGCCCGCAAGAACGUUCUCGGGGACAACGGGGCCCCUACACAACUCGAGAACCUCAUUAAUGAGGCCUUCCCCCUCAAUCGACCUCAAUGGGAUUACAACACGGCCGAAGGUAGGGAGCGUCUUCUGGUCUACCGCCGGACUCUAGUGGCAGGUCUCAAAGGGGCAGCCCGGCGCCCCACCAAUUUGGCUAAGGUAAGAGAGGUCUUGCAGGGACCGGUAGAACCCCCCUCGGUUUUCUUGGAACGCCUAAUGGAGGCAUAUAGGAGAUACACUCCGUUUGACCCCUCUUCUGAGGGACAGCAGGCGGCAGUUGCCAUGGCCUUUAUCGGCCAGUCAGCCCCAGAUAUCAAGAAAAAGUUACAAAGACUAGAGGGGCUCCAAGACUUUUCCUUACAAGACUUAGUAAAGGAGGCAGAAAAGGUGUACCACAAGAGAGAAACAGAAGAAGAAAGACAGGAAAGAGAAAAAAAAGAGACAGAAGAGAGAGAGAGGCGGCGUGAUAAACGCCAAGAAAAAAAUUUAACUAGGAUUUUGGCCACAGUAGUAAGUGAUAAAAGGUUUACAGAUAAGCAGAAAGGGACCCUGAGCAACCGGGCAAGACCGACACCUAGGGACAAAAGGCCUCCUCUCGACAGGGACCAGUGCGCCUACUGCAAAGAGAAAGGCCACUGGGCAAGGGAAUGCCCCCGAAAAAAGAAAAACGACAAAAAAGCUAGGGUUCUAUCCCUAGACGACUAGGGGAGUCAAGGUUCGGACCCCCUCCCCGAACCUAGGGUAACAUUGACAGUGGAGGGGACCCCCAUCGAGUUUCUGGUCGAUACCGGGGCUGAACAUUCGGUGUUGACCCAACCCAUGGGGAAGGUAGGGUCCAGGCGGACAGUCGUAGUAGGAGCAACCGGCAGCAAAGUCUACCCCUGGACCACACAAAGACUUUUAAAGGUUGGACAUAAACAAGUGACCCAUUCCUUUUUGGUCAUACCUGAGUGCCCUGCUCCUCUGUUGGGCCGGGACAUUCUGACCAAACUAAAGGCCCAAAUCCAGUUUUCUACAGAGGGCCCACAAGUAACAUGGGGAGAUCACUCUACCAUGUGCUUGGUCCUAAACCUAGAAGAAGAAUACCGGCUGUAUGAAAAGCCGGCCUCUCCCUCCAUCGACCCAUCCUGGCUCCAACUUUUUCCCGCCGUAUGGGCAGAAAAGACAGGUAUGGGACUGGCCAAUAACGUCCCACCAGUAGUAGUAGAGCUGAAAUCAGGUGCCUCACCGGUGGCCGUCCGACAGUAUCCAAUGACUAAAGAAGCCCGGGAAGGCAUCAGACCCCACAUCCAAAGGUUCUUAGACCUAGGGGUCUUAGUGCCCUGCCAAUCGCCCUGGAACACCCCUCUGCUACCAGAAAAGCCAGGGACCAAUGACUAUCGGCCAGUCCAAGACUUGAGAGAAAUUAACAAAAGGGUGCAAGACAUUCAUCCCACGGUCCCAAAUCCAUACAGCCUCCUGAGUUCCCUUCCGCCUAGUCACACUUGGUACUCAGUCCUGGAUCUCAAGGAUGCCUUUUUUUGCCUCAGACUACACCCCAACAGCCAGCCACUGUUCGCGUUCGAGUGGAGAGACCCAGAAAAAGGUAACACAGGUCAGCUGACCUGGACACGGCUGCCACAGGGGUUCAAAAACUCUCCCACUCUCUUCGGCGAGGCCCUCCACCGAGAUUUAGCUCCUUUUAGGGCUCUCAACCCCCAGGUCACAUUACUCCAAUAUGUGGACGACCUCCUGGUGGCGGCUCCCACAUAUGAAGGCUGCAAAAAAGGGACACAGAAGCUCUUGCAGGAACUGAGUAAGUUGGGGUACCGGGUAUCAGCUAAAAAGGCCCAGUUAUGCCAGAAGGAGGUCACCUAUUUGGGGUACCUGCUCAAAGAGGGAAAAAGAUGGCUGACCGCGGCCCGGAAAGCUACAGUUAUGAAGAUCCCCACUCCCACAACCCCCAGGCAGGUCCGCGAAUUUCUGGGCACUGCCGGAUUCUGCAGGCUCUGGAUUCCUGGGUUUGCUUCCCUGGCUGCACCCUUGUACCCUCUGACAAGGGAAAACAUUCCUUUUACCUGGACUGAAAAGCAUCAAAAGGCUUUCGACCACAUAAAAGAAGCCUUGCUGUCUGCCCCCGCCUUGGCUCUCCCAGACCUCACCAAACCAUUUACUCUAUACGUAGAUGAAAGAGCCGGUGUAGCCCGAGGAGUGCUUACUCAGACCCUAGGACCAUGGCGACGGCCAGUAGCUUAUCUAUCAAAAAAACUGGAUCCAGUGGCCAGUGGGUGGCCAACCUGCCUAAAAGCGGUUGCUGCAGUGGCACUCCUCCUCAAAGACGCUGAUAAGUUAACCUUGGGGCAAAAUGUGACUGUGAUUGCUUCCCACAGCCUCGAAAGUAUUGUGCGGCAGCCCCCCAAUCGGUGGAUGACCAAUGCCAGAAUGACUCAUUACCAGAGUUUGCUGCUAAACGAAAGGAUAUCUUUCGCGCCCCCUGCUGUCCUGAACCCAGCUACCCUACUACCAGUCGAGUCAGAAUCCACCCCAGUACACCAAUGCUCAGAAAUCCUUGCUGAAGAAGCUGGGACUCGACGGGACCUGAAGGACCAGCCAUUGCCCGGAGUGCCUGCCUGGUAUACAGACGGUAGCAGCUUCAUUGUGGAAGGUAAGCGGAGAGCAGGGGCCGCCAUCGUAGAUGGCAAACGGACGGUAUGGGCAAGCAGCCUGCCAGAAGGGACAUCAGCCCAGAAGGCCGAGCUAAUCGCCUUGACGCAGGCAUUACGCCUAGCCGAAGGAAAAAACAUCAACAUCUACACGGACAGCAGGUAUGCUUUUGCCACUGCUCACAUUCAUGGGGCAAUAUAUAAACAGAGGGGACUGCUCACUUCUGCUGGAAAAGACAUUAAAAAUAAACAAGAAAUUCUGGCUCUGCUAGAGGCCAUUCACCUCCCUAAGCAGGUCGCCAUUAUCCACUGCCCGGGCCACCAGAGAGGAAAUAACCCUGUGGCGGCCGGGAACCGGAGGGCCGACGAGGCUGCAAAACAAGCCGCCCUGUCGGUCAGGGUGCUAGCAGAAACUAUAAAGCUUCAAGAGCCAAUCGAGCCUGCUCAAGCUAGGACCAAGCCAAGAGAGCUCACUCCUGACCAGGGAAAAGAAUUCAUUCAGCGGUUACAUCAGCUAACACACUUAGGACCAGAAAAGCUCCUUCAACUAACGAGCCGCACCAGCCUCUCCAUCCCGAAUCUCCGGUCCACCGUUCAAGAAGUCGCCAAUCGGUGUCCGGCUUGCGCCAUGACUAAUGCGGCUACCACCUACCGAGAGACCGGAAAAAGACAACGGGGAGAUCGACCCGGCGUAUACUGGGAAGUAGACUUUACAGAGGUAAAGCCUGGCCGGUAUAGAAACAAGUAUCUGCUAGUAUUUGUAGAUACUUUCUCUGGAUGGGUAGAAGCUUUCCCUACCAAAACUGAAACGGCUCUGACUGUAUGUAAAAAGAUACUAGAAGAAAUCCUGCCCCGUUUCGGGAUCCCUAAGGUGAUCGGGUCAGAUAAUGGCCCAGCCUUUGUUGCUCAGGUAAGCCAGGGACUGGCCACACAACUGGGGAUAAAUUGGAAGUUACAUUGUGCGUAUAGGCCCCAGAGCUCAGGUCAAGUAGAGAGAAUGAAUAGAACCAUCAAAGAGACCUUAACUAAAUUGGCCUUAGAGACCGGUGGAAAAGACUGGGUGGCCCUCCUUCCCUUAGCGCUGUUCAGAGCCAGGAAUACCCCUGGCCAGUACGGUCUAACUCCCUAUGAAAUCCUCUACGGGGGACCCCCCCCCAUACUUGAGUUGGGAGAAACACUGGGUCCCGAUGAUAAUUUUCUCCCUGUCUUAUUUACCCAUUUAACUUAUGGGAAGAAAAAAGAAAAGGUGAAAUGCAUCCGACGGGAAGCCAGACGUUUCAUUCUUGGACCUGAUGGGUUGCCCAGUGAUGACCCAGACCGAUUAUCCCGAAUGUUCCCCUUGUCCCACCCUGACUGGGAUCCCAACACGGAUAGAGGUAAGGAGGCUCUUGACCGGUUUCGCCAGAUUCUGCUCAGAGGUGUACAGGCUGCAGCUAGGAGACCCACUAACUUGUCUAAGAUAAGUGAGGUCAUCCAGCAGCCUAACGAGUCACCCAGUGCUUUUCCCGAAUGCCUCAUGGGGGCUUAUAGAUUACAUACACCCAUAGACGACCCAGAGGCGCCUGAGAAUAGAAGGGCUAUGAAUUUGGCCUUUGUUACCCAGUCGGCCUCAGAUAUAAAAUGGAAAUUACAAAAAUUAGAUGGAUUUGAGGGUAAGGUCCUCUCUGAAUUGGUGGAAAUAGCUCAAAGGGUUUUUAAUAACUGA